AUACUUGGCACCACCCACGUUGUCCAUGGUACAGUGCUUGCCGAGGGGGAGCCCUGGCUGUCGCUGGUCUCAUGCAGCCUGUUUGUUCUGGGGGCACUGGCUGGUGACAUUGUCAGCCUCUCACCAAGGCCCUGUCUCACCCUGGCCACAGGUGGUUUCAACAAGUUCCAGACAGAGUACUCAGAGCACUGCGAGACCAAUGUGGAUAGCUCGUCCUCCCCGAGUGGCUCGCCGCCCACCUCGGUGCUGGGCCUGGGGGGCCUCCGCAUCAGCUCUGACUGCUCCGAUGGUGAGUCGGACCGAGAGCUGCCCAGCAGUGCCACCGAGUCGGACGGCAGCCCUGUGCCAUCCAGCCAACCGACCUUCCCCGUCCAGAUCCUGCCCUACCUCUACCUCGGCUGCGCCAAGGACUCCACCAACCUGGAUGUGCUCGGCAAGUACGGCAUCAAGUAUAUCCUCAAUGUCACGCCCAACCUGCCCAACGCCUUCGAGCACGGGGGCGAGUUCACCUACAAGCAGAUCCCCAUCUCUGACCACUGGAGCCAGAACCUCUCCCAGUUCUUCCCUGAGGCCAUCAGCUUCAUUGAUGAGGCCCGCUCCAAGAAGUGUGGGGUCCUGGUGCACUGCCUGGCCGGCAUCAGCCGCUCGGUGACCGUCACGGUGGCCUACCUGAUGCAGAAGAUGAACCUGUCACUCAACGACGCCUACGACUUUGUCAAGAGGAAAAAGUCCAACAUCUCACCCAACUUCAACUUUAUGGGGCAGCUGCUGGACUUCGAGCGGACGCUGGGGCUGAGCAGCCCGUGUGACAACCACACCCCCAGCGAGCAGCUCUACUUCUCCACGCCCACCAACCACAACCUGUUCCCGCUCAACACGCUCGAGUCCACGUGAGGCCGGGGGCCCGGGGGCUGGUCCCUCCCCGGUCCUCCCUGGGGCCAGCUGGGAGGGCCCACACCCGCUGCCUCUGGCCUGAGGAACCUGGACAUCGCCUGUGCCCAGAGGCCCGGGCUGAUGGGCGGCCGAGCUUCCCGCGCCAUCUCAGGGCUGGUGCAGCCCCCAGCAAGGCCUCCCCCGGCAGGACUUUCCAGCGGGGCCCUCCACGCUCAGACCCGUGGCUUGGUGAGUCCCGCGGGGGCCCCCUCCUUGUCCCAGGACACUCUUUUCUGCUGAUGGCCCAGCCAGUUUGGCUAGUUUUUUUAAAGACACAUCCAUGGACCUGAGUUUACUUUUUACUUUUGGCAGGUAAAUCCGAGCUCCCUGGAGCACAGAGUGUUCAUGCUCUUCUUGAUUUUUCUUUUUUUAAUGAAAAGUGUUAUUUUCAGGCUACAUGCAACAGUGGAUUGUAUAAACCAGUAUUUCAUCCCUUUCUUGAUCCUGCGAGAGAGAGAAAUGUUCUCAGUUUUGUUUUUCUAUUUCAAAAAGCAGUUUUUGGGUUUUUGUUUUUAAUGGAGAAGACAAACCCCACGUUGAUCUUGACCAAAUGCGUUUUGCACAUGUGUGAAGCCUCCAUUUCUGCAGCAGCCCUUCUUAAAAGGGGUGGCUUGCUGCUCUCCCGGCAUCGGGACCCCCAGCCCUGCCCAGACCUCCCACCUCUGCCCAGCCCGACUUGGCACUGCAUUUGCCUGUGAUGACUGCCGCGGGUUGUGAGUCAGGGGCUGGACAGGCGGCCUUGGUGUUCUCUGCCCUCCCAGCUGCCCUUCUGGUAGUCCCUGAAGACUGCCUGAGGCAGGAGAUGGAGGCCCUGUCGCUGUCCUGCUGGACAUGGGGCCACGGGGGACUGCCAAACAGUAGCAUUAGCCCUUUGGGCUCAGCCCUGGGUUGAGGGGGCUGGGCCCCAGGCCCUUUUCUAUAUGUACCCACUACUUCUGUCUGUCUCUCUCUCUCUGUUUGUAGCUGAGAGUAGAGGCCCAGGGACCGGGGAAGCUUUUUGGUGGUGCGGCCCAGCCCCACCUCCCGAGUUUCUUCCCACACCCUGGCCUUCGCUCUGGUUCAGCUGCCACCCCCAGCCCCCUUGUCCCGUGGAAGCCUGCCCUGCGCUCAUCUCACCCAUGCCUUCCAUUAAGAAACUCGCACCCAUUUCAAUCCCAGCGCAGGGAUGCAGCGAGGAUAGACUAGGAAAGAAAGGGGUGUGAGGCUCUGUCCAUCCCCCACCCUGCCCCUGUAUCCACAGAACAAAGCCACGGAUUCCGUUAUCCUCCUCCAGUUCUGUUCCUUCUCCAAGCUCAGUGCUCCCAGGUGUCAGGACUGCAUGGGGUCCCCGGGAGGGGUGAGCAGUCGAGCCGGGGUCCCUGAGCGAGCCCACCCUCAGCAUGAGAGCGAGGCCACGGAAACUCCGCCCCCACUGCAUCUUACCUCACAGGGGUGGUUUUCAGGGAUUCUUUAAGGCAGCAGAUUAAAAUCUUGCCACAGUUGAGAAAUUGACAAAAAGCUUCCAUGCUGUACAUGGUUCUCUUCCUCUCUUUUUUACCUUUAAAAAGAAAAACCCAGAAAGAUGCAUCAGAUUUGUGUAAAUGAGGGUAUGCCAAGAGGGUGGCCAGUUUUGCUUUAUGAUCUUAUGAAGGAAAAUUUGUGACCCUACAUAUAUACACACAUACAUAUAUAUAUCCCGAACCAGCAACGGGACUUUGUUUAUAUUGCAAAUAAAUAUUAUUUUUUCUUUAAAA